CUUUGACACAGUAUCCAACAUGGACGCGAUCAGUCUUCACUCUCCCUGAGCAUAACUUAUUAAUUAACAGUUGUUAAUAAACCAAAUCUCUGCAAUGGGAGAACAAUUACUAAUCGCCGCUAUAUCAUUUUUGUUUCUUCCAGUGAUCCUAGUUGUUGGUCUCGUAAUUAUUCUAGCAACAUGCGGUACAUCAUUCGGAAUAAGACGAGCUUAUGUCCGAUUUUUAUUAAAAAUUUUUGAGGCAUGCAAACACAAAGUCCAAGUGCCAAGCCCAUCUGACAAUGAUGACUCUGAUAGUGAUGAUGAUAAUAAUGAAACAAAGCCUGAUGAAAAUGGAGAUGCCGGUGAGAAAACUUCUUCAGCCUCUAAAGGUCUUGAACAACUUGACUGGGGCUUUUCUAAAAAAGAAUUUGAAUUGUCAGAUGUGAUGAACUUUUCAAAAUGUGGAAUGGAGGCCAUUAUUGAUGACAAUGUUACUAAAAGAUUUUCUGCUGAAGAGCUCCCUUCAUGGAACUUGUUAACACGCACUCAAAAAGAUCAUCAGUUUAUGAGUAUUCGGUUAACUGCUCUCUGGUGUUUAGGAUUUUUUGUACGCUAUGUGCUUCUCCUUCCAUUUAGGAUAACAAUUGCCUUUAUAGGCAUUAUGUGGUUAAUUGUGUCUACUGCAUUCAUUGGCUAUUUAAAAGAAAGCAGCUUUAAAAGGAAAUUGAAUGAGUACUUCACAUUAAUGAGCUUUCGGAUACUAUGUAGAGCAUUUUCUGGCGUCAUAACAUUUCACAACAGGGAAAACAUAGCUAAAAAUGGCAUUUGUGUUGCUAACCACACCUCCCCUAUUGAUGUAAUUAUACUUUCAUGUGACAACUGUUAUGCUAUGAUUGGUCAGACUCAUGGUGGGUUUCUAGGUGUUCUCCAAAGAUCCUUAGCACGUGCAACUGCCCACAUAUGGUUUGAAAGGUCAGAGACAAAAGAUAGGGUGCUGGUAGCAAAAAGAUUAAAAUCUCACAUUGAAGACAAAAACAAGCUUCCGAUUCUAAUUUUUCCAGAGGGAACAUGCAUCAACAACACAUCAGUCAUGAUGUUUAAGAAAGGAAGUUUUGAAGUUAGUGCCACAAUAUACCCAGUGGCUAUCAAGUAUGAUCCCAGGUUUGGUGAUGCUUUUUGGAACAGCAGCAAACAUAACUACACACAACACUUGCUGCAGAUCAUGACCAGUUGGGCACUGGUGUGUGAAGUGUGGUACCUUCCCCCCAUGACAAAAGGAGAAAAUGAGGAUGCUGUUUCUUUUGCGAACAGAGUGAAAGCUGAAAUAGCAAGGCAAGGUGGCCUAGUGGAUCUUGAAUGGGAUGGUGGCUUAAAAAGAGAAACUGUUAAAGAAUCAAUGAAAGAACUGCCCCAGGAGCAGUACAGUAAAAUUUUGAAAGUUGAUUAAGCAGCUUAAAAAUAAUUAGAAUUAUAUUUUGUUAAUGAUGUAAUUUUAAUUAUAGCAAAAAAUUAUCAAUUGUGAAUACUUUUUGUGGUAACAUCCUAAAAUAUUUGCAAUAUCAAAGCGAGUAAUUUUGGUCUAGUUUAAAUUAUAUUGAUUUCCUAACUUGUUUAAUCUACUUUGAACAAUAAAUUUAAUUUUAUUAAAAAUGGAAAGCUUUACCUUGCAUUAAUGGUGAUUCUAUAAUUUAGGCUAUAACAAACUGUUGUCAGCAUUUUCAUUACGUUUAUUUAGUGUUUAUAAAAUUUCUACUUCAAAUCUUUGUUACAUAUAUUUUCUAGAAUUUCUUAAAGGUUACGGAACUUUAUUUUGACCUUAAAACCAAUAACUUAAAUUCUAAAUUUAAAUAUUUUUUUUAGUUCAAAGUUCAAGCCAUUUAAUUUUAAACUAGUUUCUAAGUAAGAAGGUUUCAUUUUCUAAUAAUCUUUCAGACAAAGCUAGAGCUUGUAAUAAGGCAAUGAUUUGGUGUUGUGAAAUUUGAAUACUUAUCAGGAUUCUCAUUGUUUGAAUUUGGGUAUCGCAAUCACUGAGCUAUAUGUAAAGUGAUAACUAAGUUAUUUUAUUUAAGGCACAUUCUUGAGUAUGUUUUCAUGUUUAUUUAACAAACAUCAUCUAACUCAACCAAUACAUUGGUCAGUAAUGUCAAUACAGUGCUAGAAAAACUUUAUACAUAUAUAUUAACCCUAGUUUUUAAGUUUAGAUAGGCUUAAAAGUAUAACACAGCAAAGCUUAUUGUGUAUUCAGUUGAUUUUACAAAAAUAAUUUCUAAUAUUGGUGUAUUUUUAUAAUGUAUAUUUGACAUAUAAAAUUAGAAUCGUAUUGAAAAAUCAUUACCAUUAAAAACAAUAUAUAUUCCUAAUGUAUAGAUUAUAAUAUAUAGAAAAUAUUUUUUUAAAUAAGUUUAGUGUGAUCAAACCUGAUCUGUUUCCUUGUGGCUUUGCUGAGGUGAAUCUGUAAUUAAUUUGUGAUUAUUAUCAACCAAGUUUUAGCUGCCCGCAAUAUAAAUGAUACAAAUCACUCCAACUGUUGUGAUCAACAUUUUGCUGGUGCUAGAAUCUACUUUUUUAAAAGAGUCAAAUUUCAUGUGAUAAUGCAUUGAUGAGGAUAAAGAAGAAUGUGUGAGCAUUGAUUUUCUGCUAAUUUUGUUAGCUGUAUCUAACUUUUAUUUCAUUCUGUUUAGCAGUUUUAAAAAAAAAAAAAUUUCUACCAGAUUUUCAGAUUUGAGAUUAAAUAAUGUAACCAAACUUCCCCUCCCUGCACCUGCCCAUUGUAUAUGUACAUUGUCAAUUCCAACCUGGUGGUUUAAGCCAUCAUGUGUUAGUACCUAAGGAGCCAGUAUUUUUUUUUGUCUUUAUUGUCUUAGACAGAUCUCUGCUACCUUUCAUUUGGCUAGAGGUGUUAUUGUUUCAACAUUUGUGUUUACAUUGGUUUGUUUAUUGCUCAACGGGAGUUCUUGAGGGGCCAAAUUUUGUUUCUCCAGAUGUUUAGUUUCCAGAAUUGUAUUGCCUUUAAGCUGUUAAGUAUUAUGAGUAAUUUUCCUUGUUUUAUUUAUUCUUUAACCUGCAUAUUAAGCAUUACAAACUUGCUUGAAAUCUAUUUUUAAAAUGAUUUUUUUUUUUUAACUUGCCCUCAUGUUUGUGUUCAUCUUGACAUCUAAUGACAUGAGUACAUUUACAGCAAAACAAUAUUCAACAAAAACUUUUCUAACAAAAAUGUUCAACAAAAACUUUUCUUACAAAAAUAUUCAACAAAAAGUUAUUUAACACCAAUGUUCAACAAUUUUUUUUUAUGUUAUGCUAUUUUCAACAGUUACUUGAACUUUUCUUGUAAAUAAUUAGAUUUAGUAAAAAUCUUGUGAAAUGAAUCUACUAGCAAAUGAUGGAUAAUUGAAGAAUGUUGUAUGAAUGAAUAAUGGCUAACCAUUUGCAUGCUGUAUUUGAUUAUUUAAAAUUUCUACCAGCUGUUGAUGUGCUGCAACUUGUCUCUAAUAAUAUCUGAUAGAGGGUAGGAGAGGUUGUAGUAAGCUAUCUUCCUGUUGACCCACUUUUGCAGACAGGAUGUGGCAUUUGACCUGGGAGUGGUUUCUGUGAGGGUUGAAUGGGGAGAGAAAUAAACUCAUUCAUUAAUUUCUUUG